ACAGAUACAUCUCUCAGAAUUCGAGCGAUCCUCAAACGAAACGGUUGUGAGUGCGGAGCGCGGCGACUUACCUUUCCAUUUUCAUUUCCAUUUCCGACUGCUGGCACUCUGUGUGUGGUAUACCAACAAGAUAUAUGGCACAGAACUCGUAGUAAAGCUAAGAAAUUGUACUUCACGGAUGCGAAGCGAAGUUAAUGGAUUAAAUGCCAGGCAACAACAAAAACGAGCCAGUGUUAAUGUGUGUGUGCGUCGCGAAGUGUAAAGCAAAGUAAAGUAAAAAUAAAGAGCGAAAGGCGAGAGAGAAAACCGAAAACCGAAAACCGAAAACGUGAGGCGUCCGCCUGUCGCUUUUCCAUGUGUAAAUGAUGUGUGAAAAUUCUGUCAAAUUCCCCAAACAAAUUGUGUCCAAGAUAAAAUCCGAAAACCGCGUUUGAAUCGUCGAAAAAACCCAGCAAAAGCGAAGCCAGCAAUCACAACAAAACCAAACAACACAAAGAGAGCUCAGAUACACAGCGUGCGAGAGCGAGAGAGCUAACGAGCGGGGGAGAGCGACUCUUCUUCAUCAAAAAGAAGGAAAAAACCAAGAAAAGGAAAAAAUGCAGAGUGCAGUGCAAAAUGCAGCCAAACAAAAUACGAGAUCCCAAUAACAAUUGAUCGAACCGAAAGUCCACGAACUAUCCGCACACUGCCUCCUAAGUCUCAGUUUCGGGACGCAGACAAACGGCAGGCACUAUAGAAAGACCCAAACGCACCCCUGCACUUCUUCACUCGAUUCCGUCCGGAAUCCGGCUGUAAACAUAACCAUAAUGGACCGCGACAGCCUCCCACGCGUUCCGGACACACACGGCGAUGUGGUCGAUGAGAAAUUAUUCUCGGAUCUUUACAUACGCACCAGCUGGGUGGACGCCCAAGUGGCGCUCGAUCAGAUAGAUAAGGGGAAGGCGCGUGGCAGCCGCACGGCGAUCUAUCUGCGAUCAGUAUUCCAGUCCCACCUCGAAACGCUCGGGAGCUCCGUGCAGAAGCACGCGGGAAAGGUCCUCUUUGUGGCGAUCCUGGUGCUAAGCACCUUCUGCGUGGGCCUGAAGAGCGCCCAGAUCCACUCGAAGGUGCACCAGCUGUGGAUCCAGGAGGGCGGUCGUCUGGAGGCGGAACUGGCCUACACACAGAAGACAAUUGGCGAGGACGAGGCGGCGACGCACCAGCUGCUCAUCCAGACGACCCACGAUCCCAACGCUUCCGUCCUGCAUCCGCAGGCGCUGCUGGCCCAUCUGGAGGUCCUGGUGAAGGCCACCGCCGUUAAGGUGCACCUCUACGACACGGAGUGGGGGCUGCGCGACAUGUGCAACAUGCCGAGCACGCCCUCCUUCGAGGGCAUCUACUACAUCGAGCAGAUCCUGCGCCACCUCAUCCCGUGCUCGAUCAUCACCCCGCUCGACUGCUUCUGGGAGGGCAGCCAGCUGCUCGGCCCGGAAUCGGCGGUUGUGAUACCAGGCCUCAACCAGCGACUCCUGUGGACAACCCUCAAUCCCGCCUCGGUGAUGCAGUACAUGAAGCAGAAGAUGUCCGAGGAGAAGAUCACCUUCGACUUCGAGACGGUGGAGCAGUACAUGAAGCGGGCGGCGAUCGGGAGCGGCUACAUGGAGAAGCCCUGCCUGAAUCCGCUGAACCCGAGCUGCCCGAACACCGCUCCCAACAAGAACAGCACCCAGCCGCCGGACGUGGGCGCUAUCCUCUCCGGCGGAUGCUACGGCUAUGCGGCGAAGCACAUGCACUGGCCGGAGGAGCUGAUCGUGGGCGGGGCGAAGAGAAACCGCAGCGGCCACCUGAGGAAGGCGCAGGCCCUCCAGUCGGUGGUGCAGCUGAUGACCGAGAAGGAGAUGUUCGACCAGUGGCAGGACAACUACAAGGUCCACCACCUCGGCUGGACGCAGGAGAAGGCGGCCGAGGUGCUCAGCGCCUGGCAGCGCAACUUCUCCCGGGAGGUGGAGCAGCUGCUCCGGAAGCAGUCGCGGAUCGCCGCCAACUACGACAUCUACGUGUUCAGCUCGGCGGCCCUGGACGACAUCCUGGCCAAGUUCUCGCACCCCAGCGCCGUGUCCAUUGUGAUCGGAGUGGCGGUCACCGUUCUGUACGCCUUCUGCACCCUCCUCCGCUGGCGGGAUCCCGUCCGUGGCCAGAGCAGUGUGGGCGUGGCCGGAGUACUGCUCAUGUGCUUCAGCACGGCCGCGGGACUGGGACUGAGUGCUCUGCUGGGGAUCGUCUUCAAUGCGGCCAGCACGCAGGUGGUGCCCUUCCUGGCCCUCGGACUGGGCGUGGACCACAUCUUCAUGCUGACCGCCGCCUACGCGGAGAGCAAUCGCCGGGAGCAGACCAAGCUGAUCCUGAAGAAGGUGGGUCCGAGCAUCCUCUUCGGCGCCUGCAGCACGGCGGGAUCCUUCUUCGCGGCCGCUUUCAUUCCCGUGCCCGCCCUGAAGGUGUUCUGCCUCCAGGCGGCCAUCGUGAUGUGCUCCAAUCUGGCGGCUGCCCUGCUCGUGUUUCCCGCCAUGAUUUCGCUGGAUCUGCGCCGGCGCACCGCCGGCCGGGCGGACAUCUUCUGCUGCUGCUUCCCGGUGUGGAAGGAGCGGCCCAAGGUGGCGCAUCCCGCGCUGCCGGUGAACAACAACCACGGCGGCCGGGGAGGCAGGCAACCCAGGAACCCGAAGGGAUGCAACAACAACAACCGGCUGCCGCUGCCCGCCCAGAAUCCUCUGCUGGAGCAAAGGGGAGUCGAGGGCAUUCGUUCGCUGCCCCACUUCUCGCUGGCCAGCUUCGCCUUCGACCACUACACGCCCUUCCUGAUGCGCAGCUGGGUGAAGUUCCUCGCCGUGAUGGGAUUCCUGGCCGCUCUGGUCACCAGUUUGUACGCCUCCACGCGGCUGCAGGACGGCUUGGACAUCAUUGACCUGGUGCCGAAGCACAGCAACGAGCACAAGUUCCUGGACGCCCAGACGCGACUCUUCGGCUUCUACAGCAUGUACGCCGUGACCCAGGGCAACUUCGAGUAUCCCACGCAGCAGCAGCUGCUGAGGGACUACCACGACGCCUUCGUGAGGGUGCCCCAUGUGAUCAAGAACGACAACGGCGGACUGCCGGACUUCUGGCUGCUCCACUUCCGCGACUGGCUGAGCAACCUGCAGAAGACCUUCGACGAGGAGAUCCGCGAUGGGAGGCUGACCAAGGAGUGCUGGUUCCAGAACGCCAGCAGCGACGCCAUCCUCGCCUACAAGCUGAUCGUCCAGACGGGCCACGUGGACAACCCGGUGGACAAGGGCCUCGUGGAGACCAACCGCCUGGUCACCAGCGACGGCAUCAUCAAUCCGCGCGCCUUCUACAACUACCUGUCCGCGUGGGCCACCAACGACGUCUUCGCCUACGGAGCCUCCCAGGGCAAACUGUAUCCGGAACCGCGCCAGUAUUUCCACCAGCCGAACGAGUACGACCUGAAGAUCCCGAAGAGCCUGCCGCUGGUCUACGCCCAGAUGCCGUUCUACCUGCACGGACUGACGGACACCUCGCAGAUCAAGACCCUGAUAGGUCACAUCCGCGAUCUGAGCGUCAAGUUCGAGGGCUUCGGCCUGCCCAACUAUCCGUCGGGCAUUCCGUUCAUCUUCUGGGAGCAGUACAUGACCCUCCGUUCCUCGCUGGCCACGAUCCUCGCCUGCGUGCUCCUGGCCGCCUUGGUCCUGGUCUCCCUGCUCCUCCUCUCCGUUUGGGCCGCCGUCCUGGUGAUCCUCAGUGUGCUCGCCUCGCUGGCCCAGAUCUUCGGGGCCAUGACCCUGCUGGGCAUCAAGCUGUCGGCCAUCCCGGCAGUCAUACUCAUCCUCAGCGUGGGCAUGAUGCUCUGCUUCAACGUGCUCAUUUCACUGGGCUUCAUGACGUCCGUGGGCAACCGACAGCGACGCGUCCAGCUGAGCAUGCAGAUGGCCCUGGGUCCCCUGGUCCACGGAAUGCUGACCUCCGGCGUGGCGGUGUUCAUGCUCUCCACCUCGCCGUUCGAGUUCGUGAUCCGGCACUUCUGCUGGCUCCUGCUGGUGGUGCUGUGCGUGGGGGCGUGCAACAGCCUGGUGGUGUUCCCCAUCCUGCUGAGCAUGCUGGGCCCGGAGGCGGAGCUGGUGCCGCUCGAGCACCCCGACAGGAUAUCCACGCCGUCGCCGCUGCCAGUGCGGAGCAGCAAGAGAUCGGGCAAGUCGUACGUGGUGCAGGGAUCCUCGCGAUCCUCGCGGGGCAGCUGCCAGAAGUCGCACCACUACCACCACAAGGACGUGAACGACCCGUCGCUGACCACGAUCACCGAGGAGCCGCAGUCGUGGAAGUCCAGCAACUCAUCCAUCCAGAUGCCCAACGACUGGAGCUACCAGCCGCGCGAGUCCCGUCCCGCCUCCUACGCUGCCCCGCCCCCCGCCUACCACAAGGCGGCCGCCCAGCCGCAGCAGCCGCCGACGGCGCCACCGAUAACGCCGCCGCCACAAUUUCCGCCGGCGUUUCCGGCGACGUAUCCGCCGGAGCUGCAGAGCAUCGUGGUGCAGCCGGAGGUGACGGUGGAGACGACGCACUCGGACAGCAACACCACCAAGGUGACGGCCACCGCCAACAUCAAGGUGGAGCUGGUGACGCCCGGUCGGGCGAUCCGCAGCUAUAACUUUGCGAGUUAGCACUAGCACUAGUUCCUGUAGCCAUUAGCCCCUAUCUGUAGGAUCUACUUUAAGCCGCAGCCCUAAUUGUAUCUGUAUAAUCGAUCGAUCGGUCCGACGGGUCUGUUGGGGAUUCCAACUUUAUGGAUAUCACACUAGGAAGCUCAAAAAUAUUAUAGAAUUUCCACAAAAAUAGUUGAACCUGAAUACCAUCAAAAUAUUUUACAAAUUUAUUCAACACUAAAUUUCAAAAAAGCAACACUUAACUUAAAAAACGAUUUUGAAACGAAUACUUAUUUGGAGAUUGAUUUUGAGAGUGCUAAAAUCAAUGAAGCCUUUUUUAGAAACCUUUUAUUAAUUUUGAGAUUCAACCGUUUAUAAUUUUCAAAAAACAAUCUAUAAAGUUUUAGAAUACUCAACAGACCUUUGUGUAUGUAUAUGUGUAUGCAUGUUAGUUAAUUUCCCAGAGUCCGGUAUUUGUAGCAGCUGCCUUCCCCGCUCCUCCACCCCCGAAAUGCGCCCAACCCCCUUUGUACCACGCCUCUGCCGCCCCCUCUGCCUAGCAGCUUUGUAUGUAUGUAUCGUAGCACCUAAGGAAUACUUAAACUUAGAGAUAUUUAUUGUAACACACGCCACACACAACACAACACAACACACACACACACUGUACUUACAUUUAAUUCAAAGCGAGAUUCAUCAACACAAAAAACACACAAACUAGUAAUUUGUAGCUCGUAAUUUAGUUUAAAUAUGUACAUAAAACACAAGGACUUGAACCAAAAUAGUAUCGCUUAAACGGAAACGAAAGAACGAGAGAAAAUUAAUUACUAUUACUUAACCAACCACAAGAGAAAACCCUCCUCCCUAACGGUACUUACAACCAAAAUAAAACAAGAGUAUAAAUAUAAACAAGCAAGAAAAUGGAAAACCAUUGUAAACGCGGCAUUUAUCCAUGUACAUUUGUUGCACAAAGACUGACUGUCUUUUUAUAAAUAAAAAUAUAUAUAUUAUACAGUUUUUUAAAAGCGA